AUGCUUCGUUCAUUACCUCGACAGAGGGUCUUUCAGGCCCUCCAAUCACUCAAGAACCAUAAAAACCCAUUAAUCCAAGUACAACAACAUCAAACUUUCACAACAACCCCGUCCCUACCCGAAAAACCCCUCCCGCCACGGCUAAAAUUCGAUGAUGGCGACUUAAUGAUUUCCUAUCUCAAGGGUACCGGACCCGGCGGACAGAAGAUUAAUAAAACCAACUCCGCUGUCCAGAUCACUCACAAACCCUCCGGCGUUGUUGUUAAGUGUCAAGCUACACGCUCUCGAUCUCAGAAUGCGAAAAUAGCGCGCGCGUUGUUGGCUGAUAGGGUUGAGGAGCGUGAAAAGGGUGACCAGAGUCGUGUUGCUCUAAAGGCGGCGGCAGCGCGGAAGAAGAAAUCCAGUUCAUUGAAGAAGACGAGGAGGAAAUAUCGAAAUUUAGAGAAAGAUGGUGCAGAACUGGCACCGGGUGAAAUGGGAGCGGAGGAGGAAGGGGAGCAGUUCCAGAGAGAAGAGCCACUGGGGGCUCAAUUGGAUAGCUCGGGUAAAGUUGAUAUUGAUAGUAAGGGGCCUUCAUCUUCGUGA